CAACACCAACACCUUUGAUGAACUCUGUCUGGCGCGGGAGGAGACAAGAGAGGUAGUGCUGCUUUAGUCAGCAGCUAGGCAAGCAUGGAACGACGUUCGCGAGGGGCGUCGGCGAUGGAGGACUAUCUCGAGAGGCCUCCCGACAUCAACCUUUGGCCCAAGGCCAGGCAAGAGUGCCAUCGCUGCGGGAAGAGGGUUAGGCUCUACUGCCCUGAUUGUCUCCUCCUCGUGGGCAUGCCGGAUGGAGUGGAGACUCCAACAGAGCUACGGCUACCGCUUCAGGUGGAUGUCGUCGUGACAGCUGAGGAGAGGAGACGCUCUUCCGGCGUACACGUUGCCGUCAUGGCCCCCCAGUCCGUUCGAGUCGUCUCCUUCGAGGGAUCUGGGGACAAUGGCCUGUCGAGCUGCAGCUACCGACCGGAGAGCGACUUCGUCGUGUUCCCGAGCGCGUCGUCGGUGUGUUGGUCCGAGCUAUCGGAGGAAGAUCUCGCGCGGGCGCGUCGGAUAAUCCUCAUCGACAGCAGGCAAGAAUGUCAGUAG